AUGUCUACUGGGCAGGGCUUGCGCUCACUUGCAAAGGCGUCUACUUUGCUCACUUCCGCUCAGCCAGCAAAUUCAAUCAUCUGCCGACAGUGUCAAAGAUCCUUUGCAACGACGCCGGCUCAAUGGGCCGGUCACAACAAGUGGUCCAAGACGAAACAUAUCAAGGCGGUCACGGAUAAGAAGAAGAUGACUGAGCGGGCUGGGUUUACUAAGACGAUUGCCAUGUAUUCAAGGAUGUACGGUGAUGAUCUCAAGUUUAACCCUCAAUUGGCCAGUGCCAUAGCUGCUGCAACAAAAGCGAGCAUUCCGAAAAACUUGAUCGAGGGCGCCAUUGCACGAGGUCAAGGUCGUUCAGCCUCUGGAGCCCAGCUUGAAUCCAUGUCCCUCGAAGUCUUGAUGCCCCCCACCAUUGCCAUGAUUGUUGACGCCGAGACGGACAACAAGAUCCGUACUCUCCACGACCUGCGACUUGUGGUCAAGAAGGCCGGCGGCGUCGUCGGAUCGACCACCUUUUACUUCACCAGGCGUGGACGUGCCGUCUUCAAGACGAAAGAAGGCGGCCCCUCACUGUCUGACGUUCUGGACGAAGCACUUGAGCACGACGGGCUAGAAGAUGUUGAGGAGCUGCCGGAAGGCGAUUUCCUAGUUUGGACCCAGCCCAACACACUGGCCGCCAUCACCGAAGCCCUGUCCAAGAAGUUUGAGCUCGAGGUAUUGGAUUCCGACAUUGUCUGGGCCCCGAACGAGGACACAAUGGUCAGCGUUGAUAAGUCUGCUGAAGUCGAGAGCCUCGAUCUUCUCUUCAACGGGCUCAAGGAGUACCCCGAGGUCAAGGCCAUCUACGCCAACGUGCGCCAGGGAACCAUCGAGGACGAGGAGUGGGACAGAGUCGAAAGGAACCUGGAUGUAUAA